UGUGCGCCAUCUCUCAAAUCAUCCAAAAAAAGAAAACAUAAACAAUGUUGCCUUGUUGAAAAAGUCAGCUGAAGAAUCAUGUCUGCAGUAUCAAGUAAAAAAGAUGAAUAUUUACAGAAAUUUCAAAGGUAUAAAGAUGAAAAAGAAAGACAGAAGAAAGAUCAAAGAUUGCAGAUUUCAAGUAAAUUAGAUACUUUAAAACCACAAAACCCUAGUCAAAAGUCAUGGAGUACAAAGAAAAAAAGUUUUACAGGAGUUAAGCCAACAGAUCAGCAAUCGACAAACAAUCAGUAUUGUAAAGAAAAUAAAAAACCUUUUAUAGAAUCACUCACAGUGACCAACAAACAGACAGACAAACCACAGGGAUCUAAGCCUGUUCCAGACAAACAGAUUUCUAAGACUGUCCCAGCAAAACAGGUAUCUAAGACUAUUCCAGUAAACAGAAAGACUGGCUCAGUGUCAGAAGCUCGAAAGGUACAGACCUCCACACUUAAUGUACAGAAGUCAUUGGGACAUGUUAAUAAAGUGUCAAAUCCUGCAGGAAAACCCAGGAAAUCCCUUCCAGACACAUCUGCAGGAAAACCCAGGAAAUCCCUUCUAGACACAUCUGCAGGAAACCAGAGGAAAUCUUUUCCAGGCACAUCAAAAACCAAAUUUCACAUUACUCUUACCAAAUCAAUAGAAGUAGUCAAUUCAAAACUGAAUCAAAAUGGAAACCCUCGAAAAAGUUUAUCAAAUAAUGGCAAUGUGCGAAGAAGUGUAUCUAAUAAUGAAAACUCACGAAAAAGUGUAUCAAAUAAAGAUGUGAAUUCACGGCAAAGUUUCUCUGUGAAAUCAAGACGUAGCAUUUCUUCGGUAAAUGUGAAUUCACAUCAUCGAACUUCUGGUGUGAAUAACAACAAAGUGAAAUCAAAUGUUCCUAAAAGUAAAUUGAUUGUGGGUCAGAGGUCAAGAAGGCAUUCAGAUAUACAUAAAGAACAGAGAAAAACCAAACCAGCAAGUAUUCUGAAGAGAAAGUCAUGUUUUGCUAGUAUAGAUAUAGAAGGAGUUUACACAGUUAGUAAAACUUCCGAUCAUGGUAGAAGUGUGAGAUUUAUCAGUCCAGACACACAGGAGGACCACAGUACAAGUACUUUUAGGAAGACACCAAAAAGACCAGUAGAUAAUGUGAUAAGUGACAGACAACCAACGCCUAAACACUCGACCAAGAAACCUCGACAUAAUGAAGAACAAGUCGUCAUGAGAAACAAACUUGAUGAAUGGUUGAAGUCUAAAGGGAAAACACCAUCUAAGUUCCGACACCUGAUGUGUUUCCAUGAUGACAACAAUAAGACAGAUUCUGUUACUGAUUCCUGUAUAAAAAGGAGUCUGACUGUUGAGGAACUCACAGAACAGAAAGCAACAAUUGAUCGAGAAGAUAACAUAGCGGUAAACUUAGCGGACCAGUUUAGAGAUGCUGCACUAGAAGAAUUAGAUUCCAUGUUAGAGGAAUGUACCACAUUGUUUGAGGCUGGUUGUCCAAGAGAAGACAUCUUAAGUUGGCUGGAUUCUAUCAAACAGAACAUACAGUUAUCAAAUACGUAUGCCAAGUUUUAUAUCUGUAAAGCCAAUGUAUUGAAAGGAAGAGAGAACUUGGAGGAAGUAUUGAAAGUUUAUGAAGAAGCUGUGGUCAAUUCAGCUCAGCCAGCACAUGAAUUAGCCACAGCUCUGACCAGCAUAGUUAAAGACAUUUGUCAGCAGAGAGAGAAGAAAGCAAGACGAAGAAGUGCGGCAGAUGUUCAAGAAGAAAAUAUCUUUGAAUCCAGUGCUAUAAAAUAUACUGUUAGACAAAUGACUCCUCUGUCUAAAAAGAGAAGGAAGUCUGCAAGUGAUGUCAAGAGAACUUCACCAUGCGUGGUAAUCACUCCUGUCAGACGGUCAACACGACGAAGUAUCUCAUGCUUACCUAGUAAUCUCCAUGAUAAGAAUCCUACAUACAAAUCACUGGAGGAUGUAUCAGACAAGAAAAAAACUCUUUUCUUCCCUAAUGAGGCAUUAAAUUAUGAAGAUUUGGAUGAAUGAUAAAACAUUGUUAUUGAUCCUGUAAACUUUCAAAAAUUUGCGAAAAAAGUAAAGCAUGAGUGGUUGUUCUUGUCAUGAUAAACUUUGUGAGCUCUGCUCAAGUGCCUGAAUUUUUAUGAAUUUGAACAUUGUCAAUAUAUCUAUUUCAUUUAAGUACAUUUUUUACAGAGCAGUUUCACUAUAUAUUAAUGUAAAUUUGUUUUUUUUAUGAUUGUUGAAAAUGGACAAAAAUGCAAGAUUCGAUAUUUUAAUUUCAGGAAAUGCAACAUACAAAUAGUGCUGAAAAAUUUUAGAUGUGAGAUUUUAUUUUUCCCAAACCAAUACUGUUUCAAUUUUUGCAAUAAUGAAAAAAUCUUCCAAAUACAGUCGAACCUCGUUGUGUCGAAGUCGAAGGGACCGGACCAAAGUAUUCGACUCAUCCGAAGUCGAGUGUGUCGUCAUAAAUUUGGAAUGCAUGAACUACGGUGUGAGAUUUUUGUAAACUAGAUACAAUGAACAGUGUGCCUUUUUUCGAAAUGACACUUUAUGAUUGUGUAUUCAAUCUCCAUUUUUGGUCCUUCGUAAUAAUUAAACACACAAGUACAGAUACAAAUCAUGCACAAAUAAAAUCAAUAGUCUACACAAAUAUUUACAAAUGUCAGUCACUAUAAAUUAUGAAAUCCCUCGCGGCACGAAAUAAGUUCUGAACAAUCUCUGAUGAGUUCGUCUGCUUUACAUUAAAUUAUCAUGAAUUUUUUAUAACUGUCCUAAUCCUUUUAUUUAUUGUAAAUAAUGAGUUUUAAAUCUAACGUUUCAUUUAAUCUCGGCUUGGGUCAUUUAAAUUCGUUUCGUUUUUAUCUCAGGUGAAAAAUGUUCAACAACACUAACAUUCCGGUUGAACGAUCAACAAAGGUGUUAAUUAGCCGUCUUCAUAAACAUGUCAUUUUAACUGUUAUACAAACAAGUAUGUUUACUCAGCUUUAAUCUCUUUUGAAAAUGAUUAGGUGACAUAAGAAAUACAUCCGAUUUGAAUUUUUAUCAUUAGGCCUGCAUCUUUCGAAAAUUCUUACUUCCGAACUUCGAGACAUCGGGGUGAAUUUACAUUAAUUUUACUUCGACGGGACUAUAAAAUUUACUCGACUUAACCGAGUAUUCGAAUCAACCGAGUUUCGACUCAUCAGAGGUAAUUAUGUAUUGAUCAAACAGGAAUUUUACCGGGACCGAGAAAUUACUUCGACUCAUCCGAGUUUUCGACACAACGAGGUUCAACUGUAUCUGAAUUAACAGUAUAUAAUCUACUACCAUGGUUUAAUGAAAAGUAAUGUAAACAUGAUAUGUAGGGCUGAAGCAAUAUGAUUUGGUUCUGCUAUUAUUACAAAUUUCCUGUUCUGGUGAUUAUUAGAUGAUGCAAUCAUAGAACAUUUAUAUCUAAAUAUGGUUUUAUAUGCAUGGUAAAAGUCAAUCAAUGUGUGUAAGCUUUAAAAUUAAAUUCAAUUUAGACAGCAUUUAUUUAUUUUAUCUCAAAUAAUUGUAGAAAUAUUGAACGAAAGCAACAGUGAUCAAACUGACAAUUUAGGAAAAUUUGAUAGACAGGCAUGAAUUUAGACAACACAUGUAUGAACAGUUUUAUUUACAUUGUCACAUGUCAUUUUCUAUUUAACUCCAUAAAAUACUUUUAGCUUUAGUUGCAGGUUUCCUGCUUUAAUAAAACACUCAUUUCUGAAUCUCUAAGUAUAUAAAUAGUAUUGGGUGUGAUACCUAGUAAGACAUAUGGGCAUUAUAUGUAUCAACUGUAAAUUAUUUUACAUCUACAUUAGCUUUGCUUGUUUAAAAAAAAUGAAUUUGAAAAAAUGAAAACAUAAAUAAAUGUGUAUUUAACCGCAAUUGUAUUAACAAUACAAAAUUGAACUUUUUUUUUAUUGUAUAAUAAAUUAUUUAUGAGGUGCAAUUUUGUAGCAAGUUUUGUUCAAUGUCAUAUGAAUGUUUGUUCUAAAUCCUGUUGUCUUCACUUUUUAAUACAUGUGCAUAUCUUAUUUUAAUAGCAUAUAAAAUGAUUUCUUUUAUUUAAUGAAUAACGCCUCAAAGCUGUAACUCAUUUUAAAUUGAAUGAUUAAGAAAUUGAUUGACAGCAAACAUUAUAAUGAUUAUCAAAUCAACAUAUAUUCCAAAGAUCAUAAUGUUUUCUUAUAACCAUAUUUAGAUUUGGAAUUUAAGGAUAUGUGAAGUAUAAAGCAUUUUCUUUUUCAAGAUAUUCUAUAUUUGAAAAAUUUAAAUACCGAAAUGCUAUAAAAGAAAUGUAAACUGUAUAUUUAUGUUAUUUUAUGUAAUCAACAAACUGGUGGCCAAAAUUAUAGAAAAAUUGUAGCAUUUUGUUGCUAUUGGUAUAGAAACAAACAUUUUAGAGUUAGUAGGAACAAUUUUGUUUGUCAAACUGAUAUAAAAAAGUGUUGGAAUUUUUCAAUGUUGAUUAUAAAAUGCCUACAGAAAGUGGAGAUUAUGAUAUGUAUGAAAAACAAAAUUAUGCAUGGAACUGAAAAAAAGCAACCUGUCUUUUGUAUUUGAAAAAAACUUCUAUAUGUGUGAUAUUUUAGAUUUUUUAUCUGCACUUUUAUUAUGUAUACACUGUACUUUUUAACAAAGGAUAGCAAUACAAAUCAUAUAUCUACAGUAUUAAAUUGUAUUAUUUA